AAAUUACAUCAUGGGUUCUGUGUUCUCAGGAGAAGAGGAUGUUUUUCCCACAGAACAGAGGCGAGUAAAAUGGAGUGAAAGAGAACCGAUGCUACGGACACUGAGGGGGUUUCAGUCAAACGAAAAUGUUGAACAUCUCAGGAUUCUGUGUGUUGGACCAGCGGGUUCUGGGACGUCUGCCUUUAUCACCUCAGUUACUACUGCACUCAAAGCUUGUAGUACUUAUCAUACUCCCUCACUCACUGGAGGUUCUGUUAAGUAUGCCAUCUACAAGCUGAACAAAGGCACAGAGGGAUCCUUCUUUCCAUUUGUAUUUGGUCAUACAGUCGGUCUUGAAAAAGGUUCAGCUGGCAUACACACAGAAGACAUCAUCAGCAUUCUGAAUAGUCAUAUACAAGAGGGAAACAAAAAUAAGGAUCCGACUGCUAAUAAUGCCCUAAUUCUAAAUGACCAAUUUCAUUGUCUGGUAUUUAUAGUACCAGCAGACAUAAUCUCCAAAAUGCCUGGAGAAAUCAAUAAAAUGAAACAAAUCUUGCAAAAAGCACCAUCGAUUCCUAAAGUUGUCAUCAUGACCAAGGUGGAUGUUGCAUGUCCACAUGUCAAACUGGACCUGAAAAAGAUCUACAGGAGCAAGAAAAUUUGGGAGACGAUGCAGACGUGCCAUGAGCUUCUGGGUAUUCCACUGAAGAACAUCUUCCCUGUAAAAAACUAUCAUGAGGAAAUCGACAACAACAAUGAGAUUGAUGUUCUGAUUCUCACAGCAGUAACAAAUAUUGUGAAGUUUGCCAAUGACUUUGUCAUAGCUUCUGGAAAACCAUGGAGGCACGUGAAUUGGAGUGAAAGAGAACGAAUGUUACAGACACUGAGGGAGUUCCGUUCGAACCAAAGUGUUGAACAUCUCAGGAUUUUGUUUGUUGGACCAGCAGGUUCUGGGAAGUCUGCCUUUAUCACCUCAGUUAAUACAGCACUCCAAGGUCGCAGUACUUAUCUCGCUCACUCACUCACUGGUUGCAAAAGUGUCACAAGCAAGUACACUGUCUACAAGCUGAACAAAGGCACAGAGGGAUCUUUCUUUCCAUUUGUGCUCGGUGAUACGAUGGGUCUUGAAGAAACUUCAGGUGCACGCACAAAGGAUAUCAUCAGCAUUCUGAAUGGUCAUAUGCAAGAGGGAUACACAUUUAAUCCUCAGAAGGAUCUAAUUGCUGAAAGCAAUGACUAUAACAGCACCCCACAUCUAAAUGACAAAGUUCACUGUCUGGUGUAUGUCAUAUCAGCAGACACCAUGGCCCAAAUACCUGAUGAACUUACUAAUAAACUGUGUCUAAUUCUAAAGGGAGCACAUGAAUCAGCGAUUCCUGUAGUUGUCAUCAUGACCAAGGUGGAUGCUGCAUGUCCACAUGUCAAAGAGAAUGUGAAAAUGAUCUACAGGAGCAAGAUGAUCAGAGAGCAGAUGCAGAAGUGCAACGUGCUUCUGGGUAUUCCACUGAAGUACAUCUUCCCUGUAAAAAACUAUCAUGAGGAAAUCGACAACAACAAUGAGAUUGAUGUUCUGAUUCUCACAGCAAUAACAAAUAUUGUGAAUUUUGCCAAUGACUUUGUGAAAGGAAAAGUGUAAAAGUUGGUGUGCACUAGAGGUGUGUGACUGUCUGCAUGUUUUUUUUUUAAGUCAUGAUGCACUUCUUUAAUGUACAACAGUUAACAAGUUAAUGAUUCAGAUCGAUACUGAAGAAGUUUCAGAAGAAAUCUGUUUAAGAAACAUAGCAAGUGGGUGGUGCAAAUGCUGUAAAACAAACAUGGACAUCCAGAGGAAGUAAAGUACACGUUAAUUAAUAAUCAGCACAUUAAUCAACUACAGUUAAUCCAGUGAUUGGAGUAUGUUUAAUCAACAGUGUUUGAAGAUCAUUUAUGCUAGAUAGCUAAGCUUGAUAUCUAUGAUAUUAAUCUGCUUUGAAAGGCUAACCUGGUUUCUAAAACAUGACUAAGCCUAGGAGCUCUGAGGCCUGUUGCAUGAAGCUGUUUCAGUGGCUACCCAGGAAAGUAUUUGUUUAGUUUGAGAGAACUCUACUUUUUGGGUCUGUUUUUUAUCAGGUUUCAUCGGUAUGGUAACUCGCACAACAAGGCUAACCUGCUACAGAGCAAUGGAGCAUGCAAAUUCAAGCAACAUGCCACUGAUUAUCAUAUGUGACUAACCCUUAUAUGUGACCUAUUAUCAUUGGUAACAGUGGAUCUCUCUCUCUUGCUCUCUGUCUGUCUCUGAAUAUAUAGAUGAAAGUUGUCUGACAGACAUAUUACACUUUCAAACAAUGAAGAUGUUGAAAAAAACCUCUAAAAUGAUGUGAAUGAUUUGUUGAAAAGCUCUAAAAAUAAAUCUGUUACUGUCA